AUGUAUGCGGACGUCCAACAUUUUGUGAAAGAAUGCGUGGAUUGUGCCAGUGGAAAAGGGGCGCCCCCGAAUGCUGGACCUUCACCAGGGAACAUUGAACCGCGGUACCCUUUUGAAGCGGUCUCUAUGGAUUUCGUGACUCAUAUGCCUGAGUCAGCCAGGGGGAACACUUUUCUCUUGUUGUUUCAGGACAUGUUUUCGGGCUAUGUGAUGUGCAAACCCAUGUUGUCUACUACCGCUCAAGACGUCGUUGAGGCUUAUGAGGAGCAAGUGUUUCGGAGAUUCGGGGCGUCUUCCAUGAUACGGCACGAUCAGGAUCCGCGUUUCAUGAGUGAAGUGUUCACAAGGUUCCGAGAACUCUUGGGUAGCCGACAAUGUGCUACACUCGGGUAUCGUCCGCAAGCAAAUGGGCAGCAGGAAAGAUCCGUGCAAACAGUCAUUCGGAGUGUUCGGGCAUAUGUCGCUGAAAUGGAUCAAUCCGACUGGGAUGACCACGCCGAGCGACUGAUGUUCGCCCUGAAUGUCUCGUUCGACGCGACUAGACUGGACACUCCUUUCUAUUUGGUUCAUGGUUGGGAUGCCCGAAGUACAGUCUCGGCAAUGUUAGGACCGAAACCUUCGAGCCGUGAGUACAGCUACGCACUCGCUUGUGCCGAGGAUCUCCAGAAAAAGGCUAAGAAGAUGCGUUCGCAAACCCGGAAGUGGUUGGAACUCUCAGAUAGGGUCAAAGCUGGUUUUAAGAAGGGUGACUCUGUUUGGUUGUACAUCCCGAAAGUUCAGACUGGAUUGAGCCGGAAGUUAGCACACAUGUGGCACGGGCCAUUCAGGAUCGAUGAAAUUCGGGAUGACUUCCGUGUGAAACUAAAAGUGAGAGAUGCAGGGUAUCGAGUCAACCCUUGGGUACACAUUAGCCGACUCAAGCCAAGAGUAGUCUUCCCAAAGAGACCAACAGUUGAGGCUGAUGUCGCAGAUGAUGACGAUUUCGAUGCGGCACUAUUGCCCGAAGACAGCUGGGAGCCUGACAGCUCAAACGGUGUGUUUGAAGUGGAGUCAAUUCAGGAU